AUGGACUGCAAACGUCAAGUGAUCACCGUGCACGUGGGACAGGCUGGAGUGCAAAUGGGCAAUGCGGUGUGGAACCUAUACGGGAUGGAGCACGGGAUCGGGAGGGACGGCUGUCUGACGCCGGAGUCUGUGGCGGACGCUGCGUGCCCGGCGGAACACUCGACGUUCUACAAGGAAACGAUGGCCGGCAAGUACAUACCGCGGACGGUCAUGGUGGACUUGGAGCCGACGGUGGUCGAUCAGAUCCGGUCGGGGCCGGACCGGGGCCUGUACCACCCGGACCAGCUGAUAUCGGGCAAAGAGGACGCGGCCAACAACUUCGCUCGUGGCUACCACACGGAGGGCCGGGAGUACCUGAACAUCGUGAUGGAGGGCAUCCGGCUGUUCGCAGAGUCCAGCGAGGGCGUGCAGGGGUUCAUCGUGUUCCACUCGAUGGGCGGCGGCACGGGCUCGGGCAUGACCAGUCUGGUGUCGGAGAACCUGCGCCAGGACUACCCGAAGAAAAGCAACCUGGAGGUGCUCGUGUACCCGGCGCCCAAGGUGUCCACGGCCGUGGUGGAACCGUACAACGCGCUGCUUGUGUCACACAAGACGCUGGGCACGACCGACUGCGCGUUCAUGGUUGACAACGAGGCGAUAUACGACAUCAGCGCCGGCAAGCUGAACGUUGAGCGGCCCAUGUACCACAACCUGAAUCGCAUCAUCAGCCAGGUGGUGUCGUCCAUUACCGCGUCGCUGCGAUUCCCGGGCACGCUCAACGUGGACAUCAACGAGUUCCAGACCAACCUGGUGCCGUUCCCGCGCGUCCACUUCCCGCUACUAGCGUACGCGCCAUUCGCAUCCGUCCAGCGGUCCGCGCACCAGCGUCCACCCAUCGUAGACCUGACGGCCGCGUGUUUCGAGCCCGGCAACCAGCUGUUCAAGCUGGAUGAUAAAGAGUUCGCCGACGGCAAGUACAUCGCGUGUUGCAUGCUGUACCGCGGCGAUGUGGUGGCAAAAGACAUCAACCACGCCAUACAGCAGAUCCGGGCCACCAAGGGCCUGAAGUUCGUAGAGUGGUGUCCGACAGGGUUCAAAGUGGGUAUCAACUGCCGGCCGCCCGUAGCCGCAUUGUCUCCCGAUGACGAGCUGGUGGGUGGUGGCCGGGCUGUGUGCAUGAUGUCUAACACGACGGCCAUAGCAAGCGCGUGGACGCGGCUAUGCGAGAAAUUCGAUCUCAUGUUCCGCAAACGUGCGUUCAUCCACUGGUACGAGAGCGAGGGCAUGGAGAAGGAGGACUUCGUCGUGGCCCGGGAGAAUAUUGAGGUCCUGCGGCACGAUUACAAGGAACUGAUGCCGUACGCGAGCAUCAAGACUUCGGCCAUGUCAGCCGAUAAGACUGCCACCGGACUAACCGAACUCUCCGGCCGCGGCCAAUCGGAUUUCCUGCAGGGCGAUUUCGAGCCUCCUGUGAUCACAGAAAUCUGA